AUGCGCACACAGGGUUGUCUUGGCGGCCCGCCCAACCCAUCGUACCUCUCACCCCUCACCCGCCUGCUGCCCUCCCGCGUCCAAGCCCGUGCAGCUGCGCAGUCAGCGUCAGCGACACCAACUGCCAACUGUUCCCGUCUUCGAGGCGUCCUGACAGCUGCGAAACCGCAUGCAACUUGCGCCCUACUUGGGCCUACAGGCCUACGCACAUGCAUACAUGAAUGCGCACCCGCUCGUUUGUCCGUUUGCCCUCAGAUUGACACCGAGGGCACAGCUGUACAGCCUCUUGCGCUAUUGCGACACCUGACAAUGAUGGUUGGAGACAGCUCAGGUAACGUGUACGUUUACGCGAUGAAAAGUUUCCCUGACGCAGGAUCUGCCACUGAAGAGGCGGAGAAACUGAAUUCCGUUUUGCUCUCCUGUCUCUCAUCCCAAUUGCCUGCAUAG